UUUUUUAAUGGGGGGCAAUAGGAGAGUGUUACAUUUGAUCAAUAUAAAAGGGAAUUGCCAUUUGAUAGAUGAGACAUAUUUGAUCGAAGCUGAAUAAUGCUUAGGUUGUUACAAAUGUAUCGGUAUGUUUCUAUAAAAUAUAAUUAACUAGACCGUUCCCUCCCGAUCUCGCCUUUGCAGACAUGUAAUAUCCAUUGUUAGAGCGGUUAGUCGACCAUCUUGUCAAUUAUAAUAAGUCAUCUUUGAUGAAGCGUAGGAGAGCCUGCAUUUUGCGUGCGCAGCUUUGACGUUGAGCCAACGAAUCCCAAGACUGGAGGACCCGGUUUGCCCUGUCGGCUUGCAUUUGUGUGUGACUGGAAACAUGUCGGCAAAGAUUGUGCACACCGGAAGAUCAAUGAAAUCUACCAAAACCUGAAGAACCAGAGCAAUUUCACAAUUUAAAAGAAUUUGACAUAGUCCAGGACCCUUUUCCACGGUUGUGUUACCUCACUGACUCGCGUUUUAGCCUAUUCAGUGGUAGAAGUAUCCAAAACGAAUGGUGGAAGUCGAAUAGUCUCGAAGUAGGCUAGGCCGAGAGGAGUGGAGAGUGAAGGGCUCGGCAGGUAGAGACGAGCGCUCGCUUUUGAGGAAUGUUAUCCGUACUCUCCUAUGGAAGACUGGUUGCGAGGGCUGUCCUUGGCGGACUCUCUCAAACUGAUGGUCGGGACUACAGCCUGGUCACAGCUAGUUGUGGGUUUGGGAAAGACUUUCGUAAGGGGAUAUUGAAGAAAGGGAUGUGCUACGGGGAUGACGCUUGUUUCAUUGCCCGGCAUAGGUCCGCCGAUGUAUUGGGUGUGGCAGAUGGUGUAGGUGGAUGGAGGGACUACGGGGUGGACCCGUCCCAGUUCUCUGCCACCCUGAUGAGGACGUGUGAGCGGCUGGUGAAGGAGGGCCGUUUCACCCCCAGCAGCCCUGUGGGGAUCCUCACGUCAGGCUACUACGAGCUCCUACAGAACAAAGUACCCCUGCUAGGGAGCAGCACAGCCUGUAUUGUGGUUUUGGACCGACGGAGCCAUCAACUGCACACGUGUAAUCUAGGUGACUCUGGUUUCCUGGUGGUGCGAGGGGGAGAAGUGGUGCACCGCUCGGACGAACAGCAGCACUACUUCAACACCCCUUUUCAGCUGUCCAUCGCUCCCCCAGGGGCAGAGGGAGUGGUACUCAGUGACAGCCCUGAGGCCGCUGACAGCUCCUCCUUCGACGUCCAGCUGGGUGACAUCAUCCUGACUGCCUCGGAUGGCCUCUUCGACAACAUGCCCGACUACAUGAUCCUGCAAGCGCUCAAAAAGCUCAAGAGUACCAACUAUGACAGUAUCCAGCAGACCGCACAGAGCAUUGCAAAGCAAGCCCAUGAACUGGCCUAUGACCCCAACUACAUGUCCCCUUUCGCUCAGUUUGCCUGUGACAAUGGUCUGAAUGUAAGAGGGGGGAAGCCUGAUGACAUCACGGUGCUGCUGUCCAUUGUGGCAGAAUACACAGACUAAGUGUGUGUGAUGGUUAUUGGAACUGUUCACUUCCUUCCCUCUCAGUCUUCCACCUGGCUCCUUCUCAAAUGCAUUGCUUCCUGUUGGACGGACUGGGUAGCCCCCCAUUCCUUCACUGACGUUUCUAUCUCACAGCCACAAAAUAGAACACACACUCCUCACCACAGAAUUGGACUCCAUCUCUAUUCUUCUGUUUUGUUUUGGGACUGUAGUGAGGAGGCAGGCUGUAAGGACUUUCUCAUGUUGAUCGUGAUGCAGAACGGCAUGUUGGUUCCCCACAUUCAGACUACGACUGAAUGGCAGUCCUGAGUGUAGGCAAGUUUGCUUUUACAGGGAGUUGUGGUCGGUAGCCCUGAAACAAGCAGUGGUGUUAUAAAUCAGAGUUGUUGGGGAGAUGUGGUUGUGUUGCCUAUACAUUUUGAUUGUCUGUCUGUGUUGUAGCUGUGUGACUAUCUGUUCCAAGUCGUCUGUGUGUGUGGAGGAAUUCUAAGACUGUGGAAUUGAGAGGGGCUGGGUUGUUGCGGGGUUACAGUGACUUGUGAUCAGAAAGGCUGUAGAUCAGCGCGUCAGGGUCUUGGAUUAGGAUAAAGGGGUAACUGGCCAGUAUAAUGUACUAGCUUCACUAGCAGAGAUCUCUCCAGAGUGCCACCUAUAGGCUAGUCUGAACUGUUCUGCUGGUGCGCACAUCCUCAUGGGUUUGUAAAUAUUGUGAGUCAUGUAAACAAGGCAGAGAGUGUCUUCACUUUGUCACUGAUGAGGAUGGUUAUUUUGCUGUUGUGCCAGAUGUGUACACAAGCAUUCACAAUCUAUAAAGGGUUGAACCUUGAAGUAAAUACUCUCAAUCCCUCCCUUCCAUGGGCCGAAAGAACCACGAUGUUGACGUGUUCAUACCAUGAUCAUGUUUGACUCGGUAGCAGCGUGUCAGGGCCAUGAAAUGAUUGUGUGUAAAAAGUGGGUAUAGGUUCAUGUUUGAAUGUCUGUUGUUGAUAUGUGUUAACUUGCGAUGCUAAUGGUAGCAUCUAGGAAUGCUUUCAACCGAAACACUAGGUCAGGUAUGAAUUAUUAAACAAAGUUUUAUUUUUAUAACUUAAUGUUAUUAGUUUGAUAGCUAUUGAUGUGACAGUUGAAAUAUCAUCCAACAUAUGGAUUUACCCUGUGAUUCUUUUGUGAAGCUAUAUAUUUGCUCCAUGGAUGGCUAAUGAGAAUCAUGCCAUCUUACUAUUAAACAAGAAUCAGUCUUUGUGUGGUGGGUGUCAUCUCAAAAUAGUUUUUGUUCUGUCUCCCAAUAACAAUUUACCUGCUGCUUUUAUUUAGUCAAUUAAAUGUUUAAUACUGUACUGUGUGUGUGUGUGUGUGUGUGUGUGUGUGUGUGUGUGUGUGUGUGUGUGUGUGUGUGUGUGUGUGUGUGUGUGUGUGUGUGUGUGUGUGUGUGUGUGUGUGUGCAAUUUCAUGAAAGCUAGAAGUUGAUCAUCCUGUUCUGUUCUUAGCAUGCUUUUGUUUCUUCUCCAUAAUAGCAGAAUACACACCUGUCUGCAUUGUUAGCCAAUGUUAUGAAGCCAGCGCACCAAAGAGAAACUUAUUUUCUUUCAUGUUUUCAUUUGGGUUUGGAGAAAUAUCUGCACCUAUACUGUAACAUAAAAUGUAUUUAAAAAUUGAGAGCAUAUCAGUUAAACCGUCAGUCGUUCUGCUUGUGGAGAACAAUGGCCACUCGUAAUUGUUGGUGCAAAACAGUCAGAAGACCACUUAGGUGUCUUUUUAGUUGUGCCUAAAAUUCAAUGUGACCAGAACGGGUUUGAUCGUGUGUGUGGCUCUAUUUAUGUGACGGGUAGUAUAUGAGAAACAAACAACAAUGCAGGUUUUUGAAUCCUUAAAGAAACCAAAGAUGGAAAGCCAUAGCUUCACAAGCAUGACCAGGGUACAGCUUCUUAUCUAAACCCUUCAGUCAGGCUAACAGUGUAAUGGAGACCAAUGUUGUCACUAUUGAUCGUGCUCAUUUCAGCAUACAAAUAAUUGAAAAGAACAUCAAUUGUUACAUUUGUGGAGUAAAUACUAUUUAAAUUUGUUUAAACUAUUUUUUUCGGUAGCCUUAGACUUAAUUUCAUGAAUUUCAUCUGUCCUAUGCAUUCUGUCUUUGCAUGACAAGCUGUCCUUGUCCAAGCUAUUUAUACUAUUGGAAUUUGCUUACCUGCAAAUGUGCCCCUGUCUCAGACAUUUGGAGGCGAGGCAAGCUGUGUAUCUGAUUUGCUCACCUUCAUUUAAAAGUUGUCUUUCAAACACUUAAACAUGCAACUCGUUUUUUUUACUCUUUCUGACAGUGAGGGAUCAUUAUGUGUUAAUGAAUAAUUAGCUUAAUAUCUGAUUUUGAGAUGAAGUUCUCUAUGGUUUAAGGACACUUUUCUGUUACAUGUGCUGAACCAGGAAGUGCUGUGUGGGUUGUAGUGCUGUUUAUUGAUAAUGGUGAGAACCGAUUCCGCCUUAACAAAUGGAUAUUUUACCGUCCUAUCAAGAGGCCUUGUCUGGUAGUGCAAGCCAGUCUCAUUUCCACUUGUAUGUUGCUCAGUGUUCAAUUAUGUCCUGCUUUUUCUGUCCAUGCUCAGUUUUUCAGUGACGCUUCUGCAGUCAAGACAAGUUUAUUUAUUUAUUUAUUUUGUUCUCUAGCAAGCAAUGUUUCAGUAUGAAAGCUACAUGUGUGUUAAGUGUAAUAAUGCAGAACUAGUUUAUGUAAAUGUGUUUUCAAAGUUGUAAAAUAUUCAAAUAAAGAAUCUAGUAUUUGUACUAAAA